GCUAUUCUUCUAAAUCUUUUUUUAAAAAAAAUACUUUGAGAGAAAUAACUCCUCAAGCAAAUGAUAAUAUUAUUAAAGAUGAAAAUAAAUCAACUUCUCAAGAAGAUAUUUUAAAAAUUUUAAAAAUAUGCAAAAUGAUGAUGAAGAGUUAUUAA